UUGAGUGUAUUUUUUAUAUUAAAUAAGUAGACUUAAUAGUUUUGUACACUGUACUAUGGGAAAAGAAAGUAUAUGGCUCCUGCUUAUCGGAUUUUCUUUUAUUUCGUGUGAACAUCUCUAUAAUUCCACUGAGGCAUCUCCUGCAAGUAACACCACAGACUUUAUUGAAGACUACAGGGACAUUAAAUCCAAGUUCUCAUUUAGAAACGCAGAGUUCCCGGACGAGGACCUGUGCUACCUCGUUCCGGGAAUAAAAGGCACGUUUAAAGACUGCAGAUUCAAAAAUGAGUCCCAGACCUUUCUGAUUAUCCAUGGGUGGUCGGUUGCUGGACUGUUUGAGAGUUGGAUCUCCAAGCUGGUAUCUGCUCUUUUUGAGCGUGAACCCAAUUCCAAUGUCGUUGUGGUGGAUUGGCUAGACCGUGCCAGCAAUCACUACCCCACAUCAGCUGAGAACACCAAGCUUGUGGGCAAAGAUGUGGCGAAGUUUAUCAACUGGCUUGAGAGUCUAGAGUAUCCGAUUGAGAAGCUGCACGUGUUGGGUUAUAGCCUUGGUGCACAUGUGGCGGGCAUUGCGGGAAACCUCACCAACAACAAAGUCAACAGAAUCACAGGUCUCGACCCGGCUGGUCCAACCUUUGAGCAUGCUGACAGGCCAAAGCGUCUCUCUCCAGAUGAUGCCAACUUUGUGGAUGUACUUCACACAAACACCAGAGGAAGCCCAGACCUGAGCAUUGGCAUCCAGAGACCUGUAGGCCAUGUGGACAUCUACCCCAACGGAGGCACCUUUCAGCCUGGCUGCAGCCUGCAGAACGCUAUGAGAAUGAUCGCCACCCACGGCUUGUACAACAUGGACCAGCUGGUAAAAUGCUCUCACGAGCGCUCGGUGCACCUGUUCAUUGACUCGCUGGUAAAUCAGAAUCAGCAAAGCAUGGCUUACCGCUGCAGCUCCAAAGAAGCGUUUUACAAAGGUCUGUGCCUCAGCUGCCGCAAGAACCGCUGCAACAAAGUGGGCUACAAUGUCAGCAAGGUCCGAACCGCCAGAAGCACAAGGAUGUUUCUUAAGACUCGUGAAAUGAUGCCUUUCAAAGUUUUUCAUUAUCAGGUAAAAGCACAUCUCUUCAGCCAUCAGGAUCUGAAACUGGAGAACCAGCCUGUUAAAAUAUCUCUAUAUGGAACACAUGAUGAAAAAGAUGAUAUCGCUGUAGUUGUGCCGACUAUGAUUACCAACUCCACCAUCUCUUUUCUGGUGACGUCUGAUGUGGAUGUGGGUGAACUGCUAAUGAUGAAGAUCCAGUGGGAAAAGGAUUCAUACUUGCCAAGUUUCUUCAGUUCCAACCAGUUCUUGAUUCGCAAAAUGAGGAUUAAAGCUGGCGAGACUCAAGCCAAAGUUAUUUUCAGACCCAGAGAGGUGGAGUUCGGUGACCUCAUUCAGGGUGGUGAUGGGCUGAUCUUUGUAAAAUCCAACGACAAUCCACACAGCAAGCAGCAUGAGAGAUUACACAGGCUUAAGAUGCAUGGCAGCUUCUUUAAGCAAGGCAUGAAUGAAUCUGGGGGAGAUGGAAAAAAGCCAAUAACACGGUCCAGCGUGGAGGCAUCAACAGAGAAAACUGAGACUGUGACCACAAAGAUGACCACACAGAGUUCAUGAGACUGUAAGGCCUGGUUAGUGCCUUAAAAUAACUGAAUUUUUUUUUUAAAUUAAAGAUUGGAGGUACAAUCUAAAAUUGUACAUGCUUCAUCAUGGUCUGGGUCCCAGUAGGUUAUUACUGGGUGCAAUGCAGUAACACAUCCUGGACAGGACUCCAAUCUACCACGCAGCCUCAGAUACCCCCUCCCCCCUCCCAUUCCAGACAAAGCCAUCAUUUCUGUAUGUAGUUAACGUAGUUGGUAUAUAUAUGGUAUAUUUUUAUAAAAUUAAGUUUGUCCUGUGUUUUAAUUUUAAAGUUAUAAAAAUGUGUAAUCAUUUCCAUGCUAACGAUGACAAGUAUAGUAAAAAACAUGCCAUUAGUAGAAAUAUUUUUCAGCUGAAUCAAAUGGACUGGCGGUUAUUACCUGUAAUAUUUACUUAUCUAUACACUGACAUUAGCAAUGUGGAUACUACUGUUCAUAUUAGCACCAGUUUCAGUUGGUUUAAUGCCUGACUGCUCUGAUUAUUAUACAUAAUAACUACAUGAAGUUGUAAUCUGUAAAAUACUUCUAUUCUGAACAUAUUUAUUUACUGAAUAGAUUAAACAAUACAACAUACAAGCACAUACAUGUUAAUUGUUUUUUACAAUGUUCAAUAUUCUGUUAUUCACCCACAUGCAUUUAUAUUAUGUUGUGUGUUUGUAUUUAACAAUGUGCUGUUUUAGUGUAUACAUUAUAUUUUGUGUGAAUGACAUUCUUAUUAUCUAUAUUGUAAGUUAUAAGUUGUCACUAAUUACCAUUAGUAGACCUACCUCUGCUCAAGUUCCCACAAAGGUCACUAGAAUUUUACAUUCCAAUAGGAAUUAAAAAUUGCAUUGCAUUUAGAUUUGUGUUCACAUAAAUUCGAAUAUCAAUUUCUUCAGAAUGCUGUAUCUUCCUUAUCUUAAAUGUAUAAAAUGCCUGUGUGUAAUAUAGCUGUAAUAUAUUUGUACUUCAAGUGAAUGUUGUAUAUUUUCUGUAUGUAUGAACUAGGAGUUCCUUGAAUGUAGAGAUAGCACCUUUCACAUGGUUCCUGGUCCAGAGAGCUUUUUCAGGACCCAAACAAAGUGUACUCGUACACAAUGCUUGUACUGUUUCUAGAUUUUAGCACUGGUCGCCUUUGUGAAGUUUCUGAACUAAGUAACCAGAUAUGAGGUUUUUCUUGGGUAUUUAUUUAACAUGCACUUGAAUCCAUAUACAUCAAAAUGUACAUAAUGCUUUAUAAACUGUAUUCUUUAGAGGAGUGUAUUUACAUUUAUAUUUCAAUAAAUGAAUUGUUAAGUAUC